GCUCCUGUGGGUGAGAGUGUCAGCUGACCACACGGGAAAUUUUGUCAACGAAACUAUCGGGUGCAGCUAUGUCCUGCAUUAGUGAUCAAUUUAUUGAUGGAUUACAGCGUUUGGACCAUGUUCUAAAGUCGGAUUGUUUUUAAAGCAUUUUACAGCACUCGUACGCCUGUGUUUGAGUAUACUGAGUUGGUAAGUUGGUCUUUUUUCUUUUACUAAGAAGAGCGUUCGUAACGUCGGGUCGCUGUUAUAACACUCGCACUAGUAUCACGUUUGUUAUGAUGCUAACGUGAGCCAGUCGGCUUUAAAGCUGUGUUACUUCUUCUAAAUUAUCCAACACCGGGUAUCAUCACUAUAUAUCCCCAUUAUCUGUGCUGGUAUCUAACGAGUACUUGGAGGAUAUGUCACAGUAAAUAUAUCAUUUUGAGACCGUCACUUGCUAGUGAAGCGAUGUUAGCAGCGUUAGCCGACACCUGAAAUCCCCUUUAAACACCUCUAAGCAGAAAGAAUUAUGAUUAUGAUCGAUCAUAAGAAAGACUCAGGUUUGGCUCUUAAGUGCUUUGCUUGACGUUAACAGCCGAGCUCAUGUAAGGAAGCUCUUGCUGAUAUUGAUGUUAUGUCUUUGUAAAACUUUAGCUAAGGAAGAAAAGUUUGAGUAUUUUGUCAGCUGUUAACCUGUUGAAUGGGAAUUACUUUAUUAUGACAGAAAAAUAGUUUUACUGUUAGAAAUAAGAGCACUCCUUGAAACAGCACGCAUAGCUGAUAAAGCAGCUAAGCUGGUUACAUAAUGUUGCACACAGAAAGCUGUGCCUGGUGUUAAAGUCAAGCAUAGAUCUCAUUCACUUUUAUAUCUCAGUAAGAGGACUUUUCUUUCAAAAUGAAGGUUCUUAUGUAAAAAAAAAAAUCUUUCUUAACUUAAGAAAUAUUAUACAAACUUGUUUCCCUAAACUGAGUUGUGUCCCUUCAGGUUGUGACACCAUGCUAGCCACAGUGACUGCUGUGGUUAGGUUUGCUCAAUACAAUGGCAGUGUUACACCCACACCUCUGGAGAACACAUCAGCAUUCCCCACCUGGCAACCUGAUACUGAAAGUAACAUCACCAAACCUCACAAAUGCCUUCAGGUCCUGUAUGAAGAUGUUGGAAACUCCAGGUAAAAAGACAUUGCAAAGAGUUCUUGGUGUUUGACAUGUGUGGUGAAGUGCUGGAAAUACAACAUGGAAAUCAAUUAGUAACCGUUCAAAGUGAAUAUCAAGCAAAUAGAUAAAUGACAUGGGAGACAUGGGAGUGUUGCAGCUUAACUUAAGUGUUCUGGAAAGUUCCACAAUGUCCUCUCUGUAUCUUUACAUCUAUGUUGGUCUUAGGGUGCGGUUCUGGGACAUAUUCCUGCUUGUGCCUAAUGUGGCCUUCUUUGUGUUCCUGAUGUGGAAGCUGCCUUCAGCCAGGGCAAAGAUUCGACUCACCUCCAGUCCAAUCUUUGUCACCUUUUACUUGCUGGUAGGUCAAACUACAGAAACACCCAAAAAGUGUGUUCAAACUGUGAUCUCUAGCCUCUAACAUGUUGGCAUGUUACAAUUCAAUAAAAAGUUUCAGUCAAUAACUUCAGAUGAUUUAAUCAGACUAUGGUAAAACAUGAUUGAAGGUGCUUUAGAUUUCUCCCAACAGUCUGAAGAGACGGUGUAUACUGGAAUAGCUUUCACUUUUGAUUUAUUCUUUAAAACAUUCAAACAGCCUUGUAGAAAUAUUUUUAGUUCUUUGUUUUUAUUUUAAGGUCACACUUAGUUCAUAAAUUUUGCGGGUGGAAUUUCCCUACUCUUCAAAUUUCACAACAACUGUAUCUUUUCAACCAUUCUUAUGAUUAUGACCUGACUCAAGGCUCUAUAGAUAGGAGGAUAUCUCAGCUCAGUAAUACUUGACAAGGCUAUAGGGAAGGAAGUCUGUGCAUUGUUUGUCCCCAGUGUGGAGCUGUGCAUUGUUGCUGAUGGCUAUCCUACCCCAGCAUAUGUUUUUAUUGUACUCAGAGGACUGGUCUAACAUGUUGUACCCUGCACUUCUUAGGUAUUUGUUGUAGCAGCUGUUGGAAUCACUCGGGCUGUAGUGUCCAUGACCGUCAGUGCGUCCAGUGCCGCCACCAUCAUAGACAAAGUAAGGGGCGCAUCAAGCAUGAUACACAUUUUUGUAAUUCUAAUGAGUAUGUUUGAAAAUUAAAUCAUUCAUUUAUCUUUACUCCCAAUGUAACAGAUAACUAGCCUCACCAUCAUUGUAUCACUUAUUCCCCUCUGAAAAGACAUUGUAUGUGUGGUUAAAGCUGCUAACUGUUUCCACCAGUGGCAAACAGUAUUUCCCAACAGCUUUUACAUUGAACAUAUAGGAAAUGACACAUAAUUAAGAUCUCUUCUUUUGCUCCUCAUUUGAUAUUUUUUCAUAACACCAGUUCUAAAGAUAGGCAAUUUUUUAAUGAAACUCAUAUUCCAUAUCCAACCAGAUUUGGUUGUUAAUUUAAAAUGAAAAUAUAUCAUUAUUUUAUUUUUACUUAAUAGUAUUGUUAAAAGUUCAUUUGAUAUUUUGUAACAGUGCUUAUGGACAUUAUCCUGAAUAGUAGAUUAAUGUUUAAAAAAAGAUGAAAAACAUUAACUGUGAAUACUUUUGAAAUAUCACAGCUGUUAUAUAAUGCUGUGAUAUAGUUUGAUGCUUCAGGAAUGUAUACGUUUAGAAUUACUUCUCACUUCCUCAAACUUGAAACACACUUAGGGCUUUACUCAUCACAUGAUACUGAUGUUAACAUGUGAUUCCAAUAAUUUGUAUCCCAGUGGAGGUGAAUCCUUACGAAUCAUCCAUAGGAAAUAAAAAAGCACCUUAAAGCAGAGACGGAUUAUAGUUUUUGAAGCUUAAAUUCAUCUUACAUACUGUGAUAACCAACACCCGAUUUUUUUCCCAGUGUUUUUGUAUUUUUCAAUAUUUGGUGUGGUUGAAAUGAGCUUCAACAUGACUGUGUUGUUUGGCUUUUAUGUCCAGAAGGAAAAGCAUGUCUGACAUUCCUCACAUACCAGACAGAUCUCUGUAGAGUUACCACUGAUGACCCACUGUUCCCACUACACACUGCCAUGGCUACUCUGCUUGAAAGAGAGAGAGAGAAAAAAAACAAGCAAUUAUGUAAUACUCUGGAGUGUGACCUGUCCUGUGGAGUUUGCAUAUGUUCUGGAUCAAUAGGUGUUAUAAAACAGCCUCAGUCUGCUACUGAGGAUUCUCGUCAUGUCUGUUGUCUCUUUAGGUGCUGUGGGAAAUCACCCGUUUCUUUUUGCUGGCGAUCGAACUCAGUGUCAUCAUCUUGGGUCUGGCUUUCGGUAAGUUUGUUUGACUUUUUUCAGUUCUCCUUUACUGAAUAAGUCAACCACUAUGAUGUUUGCAUGAGUCUUUUCACAUGACUCAUUUGUUUCAAAAUUUCCUUUUAUUUUCAUUUUCCUCUGCAGUGAGUCUAAAAAUGAAUGUGACUCAACAUUUGUACAUCUUUUUGUGUUUUAUAAUCCUCUGUGUUCAUUCAUUUAUCAGGUCACUUGGAGAGUAAAUCCAGUAUAAAGCGUGUGUUGGCUAUCACUGCUGUGCUGGCUCUGGGUUACUCCAUCACACAGGUAAUGUCAUAUAAUAUUCAGAAACUCAGUGGGCAUUAAACAGUGUGAAAUUUUGGGGAUUUUCUCAUUGUGCAUGCAAGUGAAGCUCAAAUAAACGGGUAUUCAUCUUUAUAGGGCACACUCGAGAUCUUGUACCCAGACAGUCACCUGUCUGCUGAAGACUUUAAUAUCUACGGUCACGGAGGACGCCACUUCUGGUUGGCCAGCUCCUGCUUCUUCUUCCUUGUAAGUGUUGCAGCUGUGCAACAUAAUGAACUGUUGCCAGGUAAUGAUAAAUGAUGUCUAAUGAUCUUUUCUUUUCGCAGGUCUACUCUUUGAUUGUGAUUUUGCCUAAAACUCCAGUGAGAGAGAGAAUAUCUCUUCCAUGUAAGUUGCAGAUUUCAUUGCAGUUAAGACCCUCAGUUAUAUGUAAGAGGUCCAGUGAUGAGCAUUAUAUUCCAUGUAGUUAUGAUGGAAUUUGAAAUGUUGUACUUCAGGCUGUAAUGCAUGCUUAAAAUGGCUUUUUACUAAUGACCAUAUGACUGAUUUUUUUUCUUUUUUCGUCCAGCCAAGAGGAGUUUCUAUGUGUAUGCUGCCAUCCUGUCUGUACUGAACCUGGUCCAGGGCCUGGGCAGCUCCCUACUGUGUGCUGGAGUCAUAGAGGGACUCUGGUCAGUAUAAAAUAAUCAACUCAGAUGAUUCUGUGUUUUGGUGGAGCCACUGAAGUUCAUUUGAGUUUAUGUGAUCAGAUGAGGACAUAACAGAUGUUUUUAUUUUGGACUGAACUCUCUUUUGCCAGAAAUCUGUUGAAUUGUGGACUCUGUUGACCCUUUUGUCCUGCAGCUUUCAUAAGAGUGUUAAUGCAAUCUCAAACAUAGCAAACACUGUUUUGUACUUCCUAAACCAGCUGUGUCGAUGUCACCACCUUCCUCUACUUCUCCGCCUUUGCUCCGCUCAUCUAUGUCACAUUCCUCAAGGGCUUCUUUGGGUAUGUAUGAAAAAUCAUACGAAGUGCACAGAAUACCUGCGUUUGUCUUCCUUUAUUAUACAACUUUUUCCUCUCCACAGCUCAGAGCCGAAGAUCCUAUUUUCCUAUAAGUCACAGAUGGAUGAACCAGAUGAAAGUGAUGUCCACCUCCCGCCGACCAUUGCUGCAACUCUUGGUCGAAAGGAGAUGACAGACCAGGGCCUGUACUAUUCCUCCACCCAGAUCGACGGCUCAGGUCCAGGCAGCUCCCGUGUGGUCGGAGCAUACCUGGAUGAUGUGGCCUCUGGUCCCUAUGGGUCCAGCAGCAUAAACAGUAUUGAAGCUGAUCGCUGGAGACCUAUCAAUGUAUGAAUCAGUAAGGAGGAGGAAGGACAGGAAGAGGGGGACUUAAAGCGGUUCAUGAUGUGAUGAGGUUUGUUGGUUGGGAAUUUGAAGAGCCGGCCAAAAAUUGCAGAGCAAUGUUGUGAGACACUGGGGAAGGGUUAUUUUGGUCUUUCUUUGACAUCAGGAAACUUUUGAGUGGACACUUAAAGAGAGGCCUUUGCUAACAAAUGAAACUGAGGAUUAUAAAUUAAGCAAAGCUUUUGUAACACUGUCGCCAGAGUGCACUGCUGCUGUAGCUUUAGCACAGUAGGAGUACUGUCCUCCUACUGCAGCCUCCACAGACCCUGUAUUGAUUCAGUUCCUCUCAAGUGUGGGGACUCUCCAACUUUUUGCAACACGUUUUCUGUCAUUCCAGCAUCAUGCAUCAAGUGAUUAACCCCAAAUGAAGUUUAGUGGUGUUUGAAUUACACCACAUCUGAAGACUCAUUCUUUUGAUGACACUCAACAUCUUUACAUUCCUACUGCAGGCUUUGAGAAACAAUGUCUCAGUUGGCUUUGUGGUCUGCUGCUGUCUGUGUUAUAUUUUAACACAGCUGUCUAAUCUUUUUUUUGUUUCUGACUCACCGUGCCUCUCUUCAGCACAGGGCAUUGUUUUAUUUGUCCCUUUAAAGCAGGUGCUGUCCUUGCUGUGAGCAGGCAAAGAGUUUUGAAAAGGUGUGUCACUAGCUCCUAAACAGAGGCGUUGGAUUCAUAUUUAAGAUCACAAAGCGUCUGUGAGGCUCCUCGCUAGGUUUGACUCACACAGAAGAACAAAUCACUGCGAUUUCUUUCCUUUUCAGUUUCUUAUUCUAAUGCAAGAUUGAACAUUCCUGCUACUGAACGCACAUUCAAUUUCUUCAUAAUUUAUAAGGAAUGUGAUUUUUGUUAUUUUGAAUGUGAUUUGAACAACAACAGGGCAGAAUCCUUUCUUAUGUAUUCCAAAUAAGUUGUGCACUCUUCUUAAUGUCCCUGGUUAGCUUUGCUCGCUGCAGAAGCAUCGCUCUUAUAAAUACUUGCUUUAAUUGUUCCGUUAACAUCUGUUGUUCUCAAACUUCCUUUCAAUUUUGGCAAAUGUCUUACGUGGUGAAAUGAGACCGUGUCUGAUAUUGCACAACUUGAUUGUAUCACAUGAAGGUACGAUUGCUGUUUCAUUUUGUAGAUUCCCCAUGAGCAAGAGAGGCUUCACCAUCAAAUUUCAGACUUAUGAAGAAUCUACUGGAUGUUUACAAAUACUUUUUUUCUUACUCUGACCUGUUUUAGGCUUGAUUUGUGCGCUUCUUUGUUCAACUUGUGAAGCCCUCAUCAUUCAUCUCAGCGUUAGUACGCCUGAUAAGUAUUUUGUAAGCCACCUCUCAUCACAUUUGCUAACACUAUGCUACCAAGGAUAUGUGGGUUGUUUGAGAGUUUUCCUAAAAACAUUACACUCAUAAAGUGAAAGGAUUACUGUAUUGAGCUAGCAGUAUUCAUAGUCUGGGAGGUCAUGUACACAGAAAGAAUUAUUACAUUUAUUUUCUUAAAGAUAAGAUAAGAGGUUCUUUUAAAAUCCUAAUGAAAAACACCACAGGAACAAAUUUGUUUAUUUCCUAGAAAAGCAGUGUUUGCUCAAAAUAUUCUCUAUUAACAUUUGAAUGCUGGUGAUUGGUUUGAGUUAAAAUAAUUGGACAUGAGUUUGCUGUUUCAUGAGAUGGCUCUCAGAAAUGUGUUCACCAUCCGGAUACACAAGGUGUCAGAUUUUUGAAUGAUUUUGCAUUUGAUCUGUAUAUUGCCUUCUUAUUUAAGUGCAUUUAUUGUAUCAUAUCCACCCCGUAUCCAUGAAAAGUAUUGAUCAUUCCCCUGACCCCUAAAAAUAAACCAAGGACUCUUUUAUCUCUGUUUUGGGAUGAGACAAGACACCACACUGUGGCUGGUUUAGGUACUGCAGUACACUCAAGUUCACUCCUUGACUCCUCUCAGUGGUUUCUUAUGGAAACUGCACUAAGGAAACGCUCUUCUCGCAUAGAUUUUUCUUCGUGAAUUAAACGCAGCUGUUAUUC